GGCUCAGCCCCUAGGAGAGACGCGCAGGAAGCGUGUUGCUUCGCCCAGCGGAUCGGCAGAAGUUGAGAGGAGUUGGCGGCUGCCUCUGGCCGGCCGGACUUUGCGAGCAGCCUGGAGAGGAUCCGCGACCGCCGCCGCCGCCGCGGAGGCUUCGGGGCUGCUUCCCUCGAGCUUAGCCCGCAGCGCGGGUGGAGAGGGGCGGGGAGGGGGUCGGGGGCACGAGAAGAACUUGAAACUGUGUGAAGGAAUCCGGAGCAGAUGAGAAGGGAGGAAAAUAAAACAAAGUGGAGACUGCGGAACAGACUCCGCUGUGGCUGACUGUGCCGGCUGACGCUCCAGCUGAGGGGCUGGGUUGGAUUUUUUUUUCUCCCAUCCUCUCGCUCUCUCUUUUAAAGCUACACCAGCUCUCUCUCUUUCUCUACUAUCUCUGUAUCACCAAACCCUUGCUGGCUCUUAUGGGCAUGAAACACUCCUCCCGCUGCCUGCUCCUAAGGAGGAAAAUGGCGGAGAACGCGGCCGAGAACACCGAGGUGAACAGCCCCCCCUCCCAGCCCCCUCAGCCCGUCGUCCCUGCUAAGCCCGUGCAAUGUGUCCAUCAUGUGUCCACUCAACCCAGCUGCCCGGGACGGGGCAAGAUGUCCAAGCUGCUGAACCCAGAGGAGAUGACCUCGAGAGAUUAUUACUUCGACUCCUACGCCCACUUUGGGAUCCACGAGGAAAUGCUGAAGGAUGAGGUGCGGACGCUCACUUACCGGAACUCCAUGUACCACAACAAGCACGUGUUCAAGGACAAAGUGGUACUGGAUGUGGGGAGUGGUACUGGGAUCCUUUCCAUGUUCGCUGCCAAGGCAGGGGCCAAGAAGGUGUUUGGGAUCGAAUGCUCCAGUAUUUCUGACUACUCAGAGAAGAUCAUUAAGGCCAACCACUUGGACAACAUCAUCACCAUAUUUAAGGGUAAAGUGGAAGAGGUGGAGCUGCCUGUGGAGAAGGUGGACAUCAUCAUCAGCGAGUGGAUGGGCUACUGUCUGUUCUAUGAGUCCAUGCUCAACACGGUGAUCUUUGCCAGGGACAAGUGGCUGAAACCUGGAGGGCUUAUGUUUCCAGACCGGGCAGCUUUGUACGUGGUAGCGAUUGAAGACAGACAGUACAAGGACUUCAAAAUCCACUGGUGGGAGAAUGUCUAUGGCUUUGACAUGACCUGCAUCCGGGACGUGGCCAUGAAGGAGCCUCUAGUGGACAUCGUGGAUCCAAAGCAAGUGGUGACCAAUGCCUGUUUGAUAAAGGAGGUGGACAUUUACACAGUGAAGACGGAAGAGCUGUCGUUCACAUCUGCAUUCUGCCUGCAGAUACAGCGCAACGACUACGUCCACGCCCUGGUCACCUAUUUUAAUAUUGAAUUUACCAAGUGCCACAAGAAAAUGGGGUUUUCCACAGCCCCUGAUGCUCCCUACACCCACUGGAAGCAGACCGUCUUCUACUUGGAAGAUUACCUCACUGUCCGGAGGGGGGAGGAAAUCUACGGGACCAUAUCCAUGAAGCCAAAUGCCAAAAAUGUGCGAGACCUCGAUUUCACAGUAGACUUGGAUUUUAAGGGACAGCUGUGUGAAACAUCUGUAUCUAAUGACUACAAAAUGCGUUAGCACACGUGGGAAGCUGCAGAGAGCAACGAGAAAAGGAACUCUCACCUCGAUCUGCCGUGCCGUCCCAAAGAAUACCGUUUGCAGGACUACACACUUGAAAACCAGAGUUUUCAACUCUGCCUUGAAGAUUGGUGAACUCCCCAGGGCUCCCGUGGGCUCUGCCACUGGACAGAAGGCCUCCAGCUCCUCCGCUCUGCCCUGGUAGCCCUUCACGAAGGCUUUGUGUUGCCAACAAAGAGCGACCUGGCGUGCUGUGGCUGGGCCCCGAGGGUGGAAACGUAUUCGCGUCUCCCCGUCUCCUCCUUAACUGUGACUCUCCGGGUCUUCUGAGUUUUGCAUGCUGCGGGUGUCUAGGACAGAUUGCUUCCACUAGAACCUGGAGACAUAGCAUCUUUGAUAGCAUAAGCCAGAUUAUCUGUGUGUGCGGUGGUGUGCGUGUGCGUGCAUGUGUGAACGUGGGCAGCAUAGUUGAUAUUUACCCACAAACACCUGUAUAUGCGUGCAUAUACAACCAAGUGGGUAGACCUAGGUGUUCUCUCAGAGGGGUGUGUGUGUGUGUGCGUGCGCGUGUGCCUAGAAUAUAUAUUACUCUCAGAGGAGAUUCUGUUGCUUUUGAAUAGGAAUUUGUUUUGUGAUUAGUUCGCCCCUUCCCCACCCCUUACCAGAUGUUAAGCAGCUAUGAAACAUUCUCUGUACUAGUUCUGGUCUCCUUUUGACUGGACUGUGGCUCUGAACCUUGAGCAUAGUUCCACGGACUCCGUGGGUGCUCAAUAAACACACAUGAGAACAAA